AUUCCUUUCAAGUUUUCUCAGAGAAAAUCACAAACAUUUUCCGUCAUUUUUUUUUCUGUUUGGAUCGAGAAAAAAGCUGAGAUUUUUCGUCGAGGCCUACGCCUCCUCCUCCUCGGCCACUCUACUGCAAAAUCUCUGUCCUUUUUCUCCGGUCCCGACAUUGAAGGUUUCUACGUGAAGGAGAUCGGUGACAUCGAUCGAUUGGUUAUUGCAGGUGAUGCAUUAACGUUCGAUACCCGAAAAUCUACUCUUUUUUUUUGUUAAAAGGAGAGAAGUUAAGAGGAAGAAAAGGAAUGGCGUCGACACCAUGUGCUGCUUGCAAGCUGCUGAGGCGGAAAUGCACGCAAGAGUGCGUAUUCGCGCCUUAUUUCCCACCGAGCCAGCCCCAGAAAUUCGCAUUUGUUCACCGCGUCUUUGGAGCAAGCAACAUGGCCAAGAUCCUCAACGAGAUCCCAAACCAUCAGCGCGAGGACGCAGUCAAUUCCCUCUACUAUGAAGCGGAGGCACGCCUUCGGGACCCCAUCUAUGGCUGCGUCGGUCUCAUCUCUUUCCUCCAGCAAUACCUGAAGAAAGUCCAACACGAUCUCGUUGCUUCCAAGAACGAGCUCGCUACCUAUGUCGGGAUCGAGGCUGUCUUGCCGUAUCUGCCCCCUCCGGGAAACCCUCCGCCUAAUUUCAUGGCCACUCCCUCCCCUUUACCGUUGCCUAUGGAGGGAAUGCCUGCGGUGAUGCCACAGGGACAAGCAUUGGCCAUGCGAGAGCCGAACCUUCCGCAAGAACAGCAACAGUUCACAGCCUCUGAUGCACAGAGGAUGGCCGCAAUGCUUUUGGACCGAGGAGAUCACGGGAUUUUCGGCGGCGGGUUCGGCAUAGAGAACAGUGGUUCGGUUACUGCCACAGGAUUCAACCAAAUGGACAUCAACCAGGUUGGUGGGUCGUCAUCAGCUGGACCAUCCCUUGCUCUUGGAAGCUUUGGGGAUACUUAUCAGAUCAAUCAAGAAGCGGAGCAAGGCCAUGAACUGAAUCCUGACCAGUUGCAGACGCAACUCAUGCUUCAGCCACCGGAGCCACAAGAAGAACCAGAAGGGCAGUUUCUGAUGGCAGAGGGCGAGCCAGAGCAGAUGCAAGAGCCUCAGAUGGGUGGGGGAGGAAGACUGGGCAGUGAGGAAGCAAGUAACUGAGGCAUGUUUUCAAAGACAUAGCGGAGGAUAGGAACAUGGGAUGGUGCUUCAGAGACGGAUGAAGGUUGUCGUGUUAACUUUUGUUUGAUACAAGUCUUUAGUUAAACUUGUUCUGGCUUCUCUGACAUCCUGAUUCUGUCGACAAAUUAUGAACCUCUUUUCUUUUCUUUUUUAAAACUCGAGACUAUUACAAUGGCGGAGAUUUGCUUAUUCAUUUCCUUAUACUGUUGUUCCUUUCUUUUUAUGUUAUUGAUUUUUUUUUAUUCGGAAAUUUUAGGGGGAAAAUUCA